AUGUACGGAGAGCGCAUACGAAUGAUUCAUCUCAUUACACUUCAGAAUACCUACAUAACGACCGUCCUCUCUGUUCCCAUCCUAGUUUACAUUCUAAACCAGUCAACAACACAACACUUUACUAGUGCCACAUUUUUGACACGCACCAUCUGCUGCAUAGAAAUCUCUGUUGAUCUAAUUCUCAUGACUGCCAAUAUGUCUGCGAAUCGUCAGAUUUCAGGCGGCUACAAACAGGAGCCCGCCAUGCAUCCCCCUCAAGUGAAGGCUGGUCACUAUCAAAAGAUUUCGGAAAUACCAGGCUUUGACAUACCCGUGCAAUAUACCUGUCGCAAGCUUGACCAGCUCAGGAGUCCCUAG